UUGAUUCUCACUAGUAUCAUUAAGAUUAACUAUUAUUCAGUAUGUAGUCAUUAUCAACAUUUCGUUGCCCAUUAUUAAUAUUUUUAAGACGGUUAGCAAUAGUUUUUGAAGUGGUCUCUUACUAACAUUAUGGUUGAAUUAACGUAUACUAUUAUUGUCUUGUGAGCAUUAUUAACGAUUUUUUUUCUUUAUUAAUAAUAAUAUGCAUCUCCAUAGCGUAUAGUUGUCUUAUUAUUAAUUUGUUUUCACCAUUAACAAUUAUUUUUCCAUUAUUAACAAUUAUCUUUCCUUUAGUAUUAUUAACCCUGGCGCCAUGAUCAAUUUUUUUAAACCGUGUCUCACUUGAUUCUUAUUAUUAUCAUUAACGUUAACUAUUAAUCUGGGUGUGGUCAUCAUCAACAUUUUGUUGCCCAUUGUUUAUAUUUUGAAGGCCGUUAGCAAUAGUUUUCGACGUGUACUUUCAGUAACCUAGUGUUUGAAGUAACAUGUACUAAUAUAACUCUGACAAUUGUUAACGUUUAUUGCACUAUUAUUAAUAGUUUCCAUGCCGGCGGCAGAUCAGAUAUGUCGGGAUGGCGAUGCCGACGAAGCGGGAAAUGGCGGGACGCCGAUGAGUUUGGAGAGGAAGGGAAUAUGGCGAGUGGCAGCGAGGUUACUUACGGCGGAAAGGCGGCGAGAUGGUGGGAUGACGAUGGCAACUCAGCAAAGCUAUUGUAGUCUUCAACGGGAAGACGAUGGCGAGUUCGGAGACGAAGGGACGAUGGAAACGGUUUUAGGGUUGGGAGGAGGAGGGUUUUUUUUUAAAUGAUAAUUAGGAUUUUUAUUGUUUUUCUUUUUUAAUACUAAUUGCAUUUAUUUUUAUUAUAUUUCAGUUUUACCCUUAUAGGUAGUUAGCCAAUGAUUACUAAUGAUUUUCUCUCUCCUUCUCCUAUUGGCUGAAAAUGGUUUAAGAUCCUCCUUAAAGAAUAGGCCUUAAGGACCUGAUCUGACCCGGUAAACAAUUGCUCCUUCGAGUAGGGACCCAUCAAAGCCAUAUGCGCCGCCCCUCUCCGAUUGACUAGAGAGCAGAAGGGACGGACCUGAGACACGAUGAGGAAUCAGAGUCGCCAGUUAUUGUUUUUUUAUUAUUAAAUUGACAAGGUUUGAGUUUGGAGAAUUAGGAAUUUUGAUUCACCUACUGAAAGUCAGGAUACAAUAUCAUGCUCCGAUUUCCAAAUGAAAUGUGGUAUUUGCAAAUACGUGGUAUUUGCAAAUCUAUAUCAUCCGUUUGCUUGUUGGAUUUGAAAAUGAAGGUUUUUAGUUUUGAAAACCUUUGGAUUUAUGAUGGAUUUGGUUUAUUUGGUAUUUGAAAGAUAACAUUGUUUGUUUAGUUGAUUUUGAUCAUGGAUUUAAAGAUUUUUGUACCAUGGGUCUCAACUCCUUGCUUUCAAUGGCCAAAUACCAAAUGAAAUGUGGUAUUUGCA